AUGAACGACCUCUUCUCUGCCGGCUCCUACCCUGGCUUCUCUCGCUUCCGAAGCGAGCAACCCUCCCCGGACCACCAUGUCAUCGAGAUGUCCUCCACCGGCGUCAACCUCAACAAGUUCUUCGAGGACGUGGACGCCGUCAAGGCUGAGCUCAAGGAGCUGGACUGCCUCAACGAGGUCCUCCGGAGCGCCCACGGCCAGAGUCUCACCCACCAUAACGCCAUGGCCGUCAAGGACCUCCGCUCCCGCAUGGACGCCGACGUGGCUCUCGCCCUCAAGAAGGCAAAGCUCGUCAAGGUCAAGCUCCACGCCCUCGACCGCUCCAACGCCGCCAACCGGAGCCUCCCCGGUUGCGGACCCGGAUCUUCGUCGGACCGGACCCGGACCUCCGUCAUGAACGGGCUCAGGAAGAAGCUCAAGGACUCCAUGGACAGCUUCAAUGGCCUCAGGCAGCACAUCUCGUCUGACUACCGGGCGACCGUGAAGCGGAGGUAUUUCACCGUCACCGGUGAAAAUCCUGAUGACAAGAGUGUGGACCUUCUCAUCUCUACAGGCGAGAGUGAGAGAUUCUUGCAAAGAGCCAUUCAAGAGCAAGGCAGGUACAGAGUUGUGGACACCAUACAUGAGAUUCAAGAGAGGCACGAUGCUGUGAAGGAGAUGGUGAAGAAUCUGACAGAGCUACACCAGGUGUUCCUGGACAUGGCCUUCUUCCAAGGCGAGCAAUUGGACGACAUUACCCUCCACGUGGAGAAACCUAAUUCGCUCGUGAGGGGUGGAGCCCAGCAGUUGCAGACUGCCAGGAAAUCCCAGAAAAACUCCCUGAAAUGGCUCUGUUUUGCUACCAUACUAUUGCUGGUGAUCGUAAUGUUGAUCACGCUCUUUACAAUCAAGCCGUGGAGCAAUGCAAGUGGAGUAAAAGAGUUUCUCUUGAUAAAUAAGGGAUGA